AUGCACCACCUGUGUCCGCGUUCCCGAGGGCACCCCUCUCUUUCAAGAGGAUUCGCGGCAUGUCAAGCCCUGGUAAGGUUCUUCGCUUUGCAUCGAAUUAAACCACAUGCUCCACCGCUUGUGCGGGCCCCCGUCAAUUCCAUUGAGUUUCAUUCUUGCGAACAUACUCCCCAGGCGGGAUACUUAACGCGUUAG